CAAGUUUCGGUUAAUCGCACACACCAGUCAACGUGAAAUUUUGUUAAGUUCUGUUAAAAAUAUUUCGUGUACAAUUGAUUAUUACCUAAUUUUGCAGUUUCAUUAUGACUUCUGUUGAUAAAGAAGAUAUUGGGAAAGUGUUGAAUGAUCAAUCGAGACCACUAAAAGAGCGAUUCAGGGCGUUGUUUACUCUGCGAAAUCUUGGAGGAAAAGACUCGAUUGACAUGAUUGCACAAUCAUUCCAAGAUGGUUCAGCUCUUUUGAAACACGAACUGGCAUACUGUCUUGGACAAAUGCAGGAUGAAUAUGCCAUACCAGUUCUAACCGGUGUCCUGGAAGAUAAAAAUCAAGAGGCCAUGGUUCGGCAUGAAGCAGGAGAAGCCCUUGGUGCUAUAGGAAGCAGUGAUGUCAUGCAUAUAUUAGAAAAGUAUUCUGCAGAUCCUGUCACAGAGGUAGCAGAAACCUGCCAGCUUGCAAUUGCAAGGUUAAAAUGGUUACAAAACUCACAAAAUGAGAAAGACAAUCUCUCUGAAAACCCAUACCUCUCAGUAGACCCAGCUCCACCAGAGACCAGGGAUAGCGACACACAGCAUCUGACCACAACACUCCUUGAUGAGAACCUGCCACUAUUUGAGAGAUAUCGAGCAUUGUUCUCCCUCAGAAAUAUGGGAACAACUGAAUCUGUAGUGGCACUUGCAAAAGGGCUGAAAUGCAAGAGUGCCUUAUUCCGGCAUGAGAUUGCCUAUGUGUUGGGACAAGUACAGCAUGAUGCUUGCAUUAAACAGCUUACAGAAAACCUCAAGGACCCUGAGGAGAACCCGAUGGUGCGACAUGAGUGUGCGGAGGCCUUAGGAUCAAUAGCUACAGACGAGUGUAUGAAGAUCCUGCACGAGUACCUCAAGGACAAGGAGAGGGUCGUCAAGGAGAGUUGUGAGGUCGCCCUCGAUAUGUGCGAAUAUGAGAAAAGCACUGACUUUCAGUAUGCUGAUACCAUGGCAAAACUUAAACAAGGGGAAAACCUAAUGACUGCAGGUGAUUGACAACUGCUGUGUUGUUUUUAGAUCGUAUAAUAUUGUAGUUAUAUCGUUAUGUGUUUUAUGGAUUUUAAUGAUGCAUUUAUGUGUUUGUUAUUGUUUGAUACUGUAACAUCCAAUGACACUUCCUUUUGUAAUGAAUGUGAACUCAUAAAGAUUAAAGAAACCUGCUAAAAAAAAGUCAAUAAAUAAAAUCAGAGACUCUUUUAGCCACAUACUUCAAGUCUUGUGUAUGAAAAUCUCGCAUUACUCUUUUAUGUGUUUACCUUCAAGUUAAAAAAUUCUACCUCUAAUUUAUCACAACCAUUAUUUCAUUGAGCUUGUUUACAUCAAUAAAA